GGCUGAAGAGUGACACGCCAUUCAUAGCUGCCUGGCCCAGUGCGUGAAGGAAGGGGAGAGAGCUCCGAGCAGGUCUCCCACGGAAGAAAAAAAACCCUGUAUUACCCGAAAGAAAGGACAUCACAUCUGCGCUGCGCAAAAGCGAGUGUCCCACGAAGCGCGUCGACAUGGGGAUCCGAAAAAAGACGAACAAAAACCCGCCGGUGCUGAGCCACGAGUUCAUCAUCCAGAACCAUGCAGAUAUUGUUUCCUGCGUUGCUAUGGUGUUCCUGCUCGGGCUGAUGUUUGAGGUUACCUCAAAGUUCGCAGUAUUAUUCAUAACUGUCCAGUACAACGUGACCAUAUCAACAAAUGAAGGCCCAGAAGAGACGGCAGUGAACCACUUCCACCAUGGCAUCAAGGACUUGGCUACCAUCUUCUUCUACAUGCUGGUGGCCAUCAUCAUGCACGCCAUCAUCCAGGAGUACGUGCUCGACAAACUCAACAGGAAGAAGCACUUCUCCAAAACCAAGCACAGCAAGUUUAAUGAGUCCGGCCAACUGAGCGCCUUCUACUUGUUCUCGUUCGGUUGGGGCACAAGCAUUCUGCUCUCUGAAAACUUCCUGUCCAAUCCAGUCUCCCUGUGGGAAGGUUAUCCUCACACACUGAUGCCAUUCCAAAUGAAAUUCUUCUAUAUUUGUCAGCUGGGUUACUGGUUACAUGCUCUCCCAGAACUGUAUUUCCAAAAGACAAAGAAGGAGGAUAUUCCACGCCAGCUUGUGUACAUCUUCCUGUACCUGGUCCACAUCGCUGGCGCCUACGUUCUGAAUCUGAACCGCCUGGGCCUGGUCCUGCUGGUGUUGCACUACUUUGUGGAGCUGCUGUUCCACCUUUCCCGUCUGGUUUACUUCAGCAAUGAGAACAGACAAAUGGGUUUCACCAUUUGGGCCGUCUUGUUCGUCCUCGGACGGCUGCUCACCCUGUCCUUGUCUGUCCUCACCGUGGGCUUUGGCCUCUCCACGGCUGAGAAUCAAGGCUUUGAUUUGACUUCGGGAAACUUUAAUGUUAUCUUUGUGCGGGCAACCGUCCUGGCUGCCAUCUGCCUGACACAGGCCUUCAUGAUGUGGAAGUUUAUCAACUAUCAGCUGCGCCGAUGGAGAGAGCGCGCUCAAGCUCAGACCCUGAAAAAGAAACAAGUGCCUGCAAAGAGCAAAUCAAAGAAAGACAAAGCUAAUGGAGUAAAUGGCGUAAACUCUCACGGAGCUGAUUCACCAAGAGCAAGAAAAGAAAAGUCAUCGUAAAAAUAAAAGGAGAAAAAAAAGCAGAGAAAAUAAAUCCCCAAACCCAGCCUCCAGUGUCCAUCUGAAAGAAGCAUUCCUCCCGGAGCCUUUGUUGCCGUAUCCAGCCAGCGGAUCCUCCCGCUCCUCGAUCCCGACAUGCGUUUUCAGCUUCCACACAGAACCCACAGAUUCACAUCCCAGUCGGACUUCCAAAAAGGGGGGCGGCUGUCUAGCUUUGCUUGCCUACGAUCGUCCAAGACACUUUCAAUUCUGAAUCUUUGCCCUGCUGUGCCAUUAUGAAUGCAAAGAAAACAAUUCCCCAAAUAAACUGAGGAAAAAAAAAAAAAAAAAAGGACCUUAUUUAAGAAGUGCCUAUUGAUACCGAUCAUUUUGUACAGCGUGUGUAAUUUUAACCGUUCAGGAAUGAUCACCUCAGUGUUUGUUUCUCCCACUUCAGGUCAUUUGAUGGUUUGUUCAAAUACUGUGUAUUCCAUUUAUUUCCUUUCUUUCCUUGUAUUUAUGACUGUCAGAUCAGCUCUUUGCAGCUGAAACUCCACCCUUCAAUUUGAGUUUCUCUGACUUCAUAUAGAGUUUAUGAACUAGCGAGUAAAAUCUCUUCUUUUUUUCAUAAGUAGAGGUUGCUUGCGUCCUGUAAUCACCAUCCUAAGGAGACCACAGCGUUUGUCAUAGCUAGAAACACAUUGUCAUGACAUCAGUUGUCAACAAAAGAUUUAUAAAUUUGAGGUAUAAUACGAACGUGACUUUCAAACUUUGGUCAUGGAUGAAAUAUGAGUAUAAAAGUAACAAAGGAAAGUAGAAAACAUCAUGUUGUAAAAGACGUAAGUGCAUCCCUCGUUCAGUAUUGUGCAAAAACUGCCAGCAGAGACAUUGAGGAGUCAUCCUGAUGUAGCAUUUGAUUAUUGUGAAUCACAACAAAGAACAUGCUUCAUGCCACGAAUUUAUAUGCAAUCUAUUGCAGUUGUAUCUAUAAGGCUGUUAAUGACACCCCAUGCUUUAGUUAAUUGUAUAUCUUUGUAUGAAAUGCAAUUCAGGAAAAAGAAACCCAUCCCUUUAGUGAGUUAAACAGAAUGACUCUUGUGUAGUCGGGGCUUGUUUGGUGUUUAAAAUGGAAUGAUUUCAAUGUCUCAACAUUAAUGCUUACCUUAAAAAUGUCUGCAAGAGUGACAUUUGUAACAGCAUGGACAAUGAAUGAAAGGUAAUUUGUUUGACGGUUUCCCACACCCACCCGACGAUCGUCUGUGCCAAAUGAGCCCGGUUGGCUGUCCUCCUGCCUUUUUGCUGCGUGCUAUAAAGCUAUGGAAUGCAGUCAAAUGUACUUUAAGAAUCAAUCACUUAUAGGUAAUGCCAACUUAUAGACCAGUACAUUUAGUGAAUCAUGAUUAAGUCCAAACAUUGUUUUUGUUUUUUCAGCUUAUCUUGAGGGUUUAUCCUGGAAAGAAAUAAAAUGUUCUCAUAAGAAA